AUGCCUGCAGACAACAACCAACUCGAGACAACACAACAGGCACAGGGAAUUCUACGAGGCAAUACAAUUGAAGGGCUACGGAAGAGGAUGGAGGAUGCGCUGGCCGACCAGCAGAAAAAGCGUGACCAUAUGUCCACAAGCGAGCCUCCGUUUUUACCAAGGAGUAUUGCGGUACGACGAAGUGUCUCCGAGCAUCCAAAUUCUUCUGGAGAAUCUGUCCAGGCGGUCGCUACUGGUUCAACAGAGUCGGUGGGAACCGUAAAGGGUGCAAAUGUUGCUACACCAGGCGCUGUUCGCACGCCAUCUUAUCCUUUCCCCCGCAUGGCCCUACGCCUUCCAAGAGGCCAAAGCCAGCUCUCAGGACCUCGACACAAGCCAUUUACACUUCUCUCCCCUACAAACGUCCCUCAGCCAGGUGAUAUACGAUCAACUCCAGCGGACCUGUCCUCGUCUGAGCCAGGCACCCCAUUGCAUCGACAAGAUUUUCAAUCGGGUCCAAGAGAUGAUGAAAUCCCGGACGACCCCGACUAUCCCCUCCCUGACCUUUAUGACUUGGUACUUUUGCUCAAUGCGGAGCCGGGCUUGGACGCGUGGUGGACAAGCGUGACAGAAAUAUUGGCCGAGGCUUAUGGAGCGGAGAGAGCAUCCCUUGCGGUGCCGGGAGAUAUGACAGAUCUCGAAAACGUGCCAUGGGGUCAGAAGGCUUCUUUCAAUCUGCUCGGUGUUGAUCACUCUGACUCCUCUCUUCUCGAGUCAACGGUAGGCUCAGAGCAUGCGGGAGGUCGAGAGCAAGAUCAAUUACCUAGCAAGCGUGCCGAGGAUACGCAAAGUGGAACGCAUCUGAAGCUGCAACUCAGAGCAGACCUGAAACGACCACUCCUACAAAGCCGACAUUCGAUUGCUGGUGUAACACCAGACACCAUGACAAAGACUUCUCAGCAGAGACCUCCCGGACCCAUUCGUGCUAUAUCUGGACGUAACGAAAUUGCGGCACUAGAAGCGCAUCGGGCUGUUGAAGAUAUCCUACCGCAUUCUGGUACCAUAGUAGAGGAGCCAGCAACGGCUGCUGACUCUAUGGGUUACUCUUCCGAGUCGGCCUCUCAGAGCACCAAGGCGGUGGUGUACGAAGCUCUCCGCGCUUUGGAGUCGGAACAAGACCCUCUCAUCGUAAGGACGGGUGUCACGGCCUUAUUCGGUAAGCGUAGGCCAGUUGUCAUGACCAGGUCCUUCGCAGACAGCCCGGUAUCACCCGGCCUCUCAAAAUCUUCAGAGAGACAAAAGGGAGACGAUAACAGCGUUCGUCAAAGCCGGCACAGGAAUCGUACGCAACCACAGAAAGCCUCAGAGGUAGGCACUUCAAGGCUCCUGACACUUGAGAAGCCUAGCCUUUUACGUCGAUAUGAAGAAUCCGAGCAACCAGAGCCAAGUCCAUGGAGUCAGAGCCCGCAUCCUUCGCCUGCUGCCCGGGCCGAUCCUUCUGAGUCACCAUUCUUUACUCAUUCUGCGCAUGUAGAUGAAACAGCCUUUAAUUCUGAACCUACAGCAUAUGAUUAUUCAGUCAAUCAACCAGUGGUAGCAAUCGGGACGGAUUGUUCUAAAAGCUUGAUCCACAUACCUCUCAUUCAACCAGUGCCAUCCCGGCGACCUCUUUCUUCGAACUUGAGGUUCCCAACCGCGAUCAUUUCUUUGCUCAGUUCUAUCACGCCGUACCCUCCUAGCCUCCGGCACUCUCUAGCUGCUCUUCUACCACAUCUUGCCAGUUCCUACUCUUUGGCGCAGCAGUUCACUUCCCUUGAGGCUCAGAUACAUGUUCGGUCGCCGACUCGCUACAGUAGAGGUCUCGGGCUCGGAGGCACAUUCUCAGACGAGAGUUCCGAGCUUGAGCUUGUGGCAGAGCUGAGCGGCCAGAUAGCUCGAGUGCCAGGGGAAGAGCUUCGUCGGUCUGCCCAUGGGAGUUUGAGGAGCCCUAGCGAGCGAUCGACCAUCUCUAAGAGUAGCCCCGUUGGCACGCCUGUGCUCGAAUCUGCAAGCACAGGAUUUACGCCUGGCCUGCCACCCACACCUGGGCGGACUGGUGCCGAAAUGGUUGAUAGUUAUUUCUCUUCAAAGCGCACCAAGCCUGUGGGCCAGCUCCAACAUCUUCCAAGAACUCCAGGACCAAUAGGAGCUUCGAAGCCUCGACAAUCUAGUGCUGAAGAAUCGUUUGGCAGGACCAAGAAACAGAAGCCUGCUGGGACUGCCCAACAAUUCGCACGGAUAAAACCUCCAGUUUCUAAAAGGGCCGGUGCGUCAUAUCCAUCCUCUCCUAGACAGGAAGCUGUACUAGAGCUGCUGGAUGGCGAACCGCUACAUCUGGAACCAGCGGCUAUUGAGGCGCAUGACCCCGGUAGCCUUCGUCAUCUCUCGAUAACGUCGUAUAGUACCAAUCUUCCUCGAGAUCCAGGCGAUCGAUCUUUACCAGAUUCAGUGUCGCAAUUACUGUUGAAUUCUGUCCCUUUGCAGCUCUUCCUAGCGAAACCCAAAACAGGCGAACUAAUAUGGACCAACAGUAAGUUCGAUGCUUUUAGAACUCAGGCACAGCCCCACGGUGUCCGCAACAAAGAUCCGUGGCAGAAUAUACACGAUGCAGAUCGACAAUCUUUGGUCCGAGGUUGGAAUCAGGUUCUAAGGACUGGCGCACAAAUGACACAGCACAUUCGUGUCAAACGGUUUAGCAAUGAUAGUGAUUACCGAUGGUUCAUCUUCAGAGCCAAUCCUUUGCUUGCUCACACGGGUCAGUUGAUAUAUUGGAUCGGGUCGUUCCUUGAUGUGCACGAUCAGCAUGUCGCAGAGACGAAGGCUGCCGAGGAAAGAGAUACUCUUCUCCGCAACGCGAAAUACCAGGCACUAGCCAAUUCUAUUCCCCAGAUUCUGUUUGAGGCUGUGGAAAACGUCGGCAUAGUCUCGGCAAAUGAGCAAUGGCAAACUUUCUCAGGCCAAUCGCUUGAGGAAGCGCUGAAUCUGGGCUUCACAAAGCAUGUACAUCGCGAUGAUCUGGAGAAAUGUGGUAUCAUAUCGGCUUCUCAAGGUAACGACAGCACCAGGGAGAGUGCGUCGGGUUCGAGUGGGGUUUCCGACAAAACAAUUACCCAGGGACGCCACGAACCACGAUCCCCUGCAGAUGCUCUUUCCUUGACAAGCCUUGUGCAGAAGGGUGUUGUCACGAUAGAGCAGGACGAGAAUGGGCGGAUAUCAUACUCCACCGAAAUCAGGCUACGCUCGCGUGGCGGUGAGUUUCGUUGGUUCCUUGUGCGUCUCGUGAAGGUCGAGUCCGAUCUCUUGAACGGCGGCCGUGCAUCGUGGUAUGGCACCUGUACAGACAUCAACGACCGACGCGCGCUCGAAAAGGAACUCAAUAGAGUCAAUCAGAGAAUGCAACUUGAAAUGGAGUCCAAGACGAAAUUCUUUGCGAACAUGUCGCAUGAGAUCCGUACUCCUCUUAACGGUAUCUUGGGUAGCAUUCCCUGGUUGGUGGAGUCCUCCUUGGAGCCUGAUCAACGGCGUACACUUGACACGAUUCAAAACAGCUCCAACAACCUGCGCGAGCUUGUGGACAACAUUUUAGAUGUUACGAAAGUUGAAGCAGGCAAGAUGAGGCUGGCUUUCAAGUGGUUCCACAUUAGGACUCUGUUGGAAGAAAUCAUUGACACCAUCGCACCCCGUGCGAUUGACAAAGGCUUGCAGCUUAACUAUACUGUGGACAUGAACGUCCCCUCCACUGUCAGAGGUGACCCGUUUCGGAUCCGGCAGAUGUUGAUCAAUUUGAUGGGGAAUGCAGUGAAGUUUACGGAUCUCGGAGAGGUAUACACGAGAUGUUACGUGAAAGAGCCAGCGGAGGGCCAAGCGGUCCAGCCAAACAUAGCAUAUAUUGCUUUUGAAGUCAUCGAUACUGGUAGGGGCUUUAGCGAAACGGAAUUUCAGUGGCUUUUCAAGCAGUUCGGGCAGAUAUUGGGCUCCAGUAAUCACGAUGCAGGUUCUGGCCUGGGUCUGUUCUUGUCGAAACAGCUUGUGGAGCUACAUGGCGGCCAGAUGAGCGCCACCAGUGAAGUGAACCAAGGCUCCACAUUCAGCUUCUUUGUCCGGGUGGAAAUUCCUUCAGGGGACUCUCCGGGCUCACCGUCCGCUACACGGCCCGGCAGUCAAAGGGCCAGUCUAUCGGAAACAGCCCGCACGUCUUCGAACCCAGGGCUCGAAAGCAGGUUACCAGCACGACAGGGGAUCAUUCAGUCGCCUGGACUUUCGAAGUAUGUAGCAUCACCAGAAACGCAAUCUCCUGCUCCGGCAUCUUCUGGCAGCUCAGAUCCAUCGAUUCAUUCUUUCUCGGGCCAUCAGACCGAUCGGUCCUCCGUAUCCUCUCUCCUUCCCACCCCCGAGUAUGCCAAAGUAGACGCUUCCGGGUGGCGACAAAACUCCAGACUAAGCGAAAGGCAAGCCCUGACCGACAGUGCCAUCGAGGCUUUUCCCGCAACGCGACGGUCAAGGAGCAUUGACAACGGUAAAAACUUCUCAACGAAAUCUCUUUCCGCAAUACAUCCAACCAUUUACUCUAUUGUUGUUAUAUGUCCAGCACAGUACGCUCGAGCCGCCGUCAAGCAGCAUAUAGAGCAAGUCGUCCCUUAUCAGAUUGCCGUCAAUGUCACGACCUUGAGCGCCAUUCAAGAAUUUCUAGAUCUCUUGAAUGGCGCAACUACGCCUGUGUUUACGCAUGUCGUCCUAGAUCUGCCGAUCAGUCAUGACCUGAUGCUGUUCAUGCGCCAAAUGCUGACUUUCAACGCGACUAUCAUACCCAUUUUAGUGAUCAUUACUGACCACUACCAAAAACGUGACAUCGCAGAUGAAUAUUCUGCCUUGACGAAGGCAGGCCGGGUUGCAUAUAUGGUGCACAAACCAGUGAAACCGUCUGUGUUUGCGUUGAUCUUCGAUCCGGCGCAACAACGAAACUUGAGCAAAGAUCGUAACCGGGAUAUCGCUCAGUCUGUGACCGAGACCUUCAAGAACGUGGCAGAUCGGGUCAAGAGCACAUUUAGUGGAAAAGGCUAUCGGAUACUGCUCGUGGAAGACAGCGAGGUCAAUCGGAACGUCAUACUACGAUACUUGAAGAAAGUCGAAGUUGCAAGCGAGACAGCGACGAAUGGUCAAGAAUGUCUGGACAUGGUCUUCUCUAAGCAACCAGGAUAUUAUUCACUUAUACUUUGCGAUAUUCAAAUGCCGAUAAAGAAUGGUUACGACACUUGCCGUGAGCUUCGACAAUGGGAAGCUAGCCACAACUUGGCCUCUACACCAGUGAUGGCUUUGACCGCCAAUGCUAUGCCCGAAGAACGGGCUGCCGCGGCCAGGGCUGGCUUCACCGAUUACCUGACGAAACCGGUGGAUUUCAACACUCUGGGGACAAUGAUGAUGACGCUGCUUGAUCCAAAGAAACCUCAUAUUUUUCUGCGGGACCGACGGGACCGGGCCGGAAGUUGA